AAUUGUUACCAUGUUGGGUGAUGAGUUGGCAACGCUGGAUAAUGCUCCAUUCCUAUGCCGGAUAAGAGGAUCAAAAGAAAAUCUUCAUUAUCUUAACGAAUAUCGCACAAUAUUGCUUUCUUUCGAGAUGUGUGAAGGAACAUCCUUCUUUCCCUCUCUAACGUGUUCUUCUUAUCGUUUUCAUUCGGAUUCCCGGCUUCUCUAUCCUCGUUAUUGCUGAAAAGAUUAAGAUUUAAUGAAAGAACUCCUGUUUUUUUGGGCCUUGCUCUGUUAUAAAUGCCCUCCUCCCCCAUCGACUUUUCAGAACCCAUUUUUCUCUGUACUUACAGUUUUGAGAGAGAAGAUGAAGUUUCCUUCUUCUUUUUUAGUUUUUCUGCUCUUCUCGAGCUUAGUUCACCAAUGCUGCUUAGGUGAGCAUCUGGUUUGGCCCAACGCAGGGUCUAUGAGCACCGGUGGCCUGAGUCGAGAGCGAUUUCCUCCUGGUUUUGUCUUCGGAACCGCGACUUCUGCUUAUCAAGUCGAAGGAGCUGCACAUGAAGAUGGCAGAGGACCUAGUAUAUGGGAUGUGUUUAUUCAACAACCCGGUAUAAUACCAAAUGGUGCUACAGGAGAGGUUUCUGCUGAUGAGUACCAUCGUUAUAAGGAAGAUGUCGAUAUCAUGGCAGAUAUGAACAUGGAUGCUUACAGAUUUUCUAUCUCUUGGUCUCGAAUCUUUCCGGAAGGUGCAGGACGAGUUAAUCAGAAAGGCGUGGAUUAUUACAACAGAUUGAUUGAUUACUUGCUUGAAAAGGGCAUUACUCCUUAUGCAAAUCUCUAUCACUAUGAUUUGCCACAGGCCCUUGAGGAUUCUUACAAUGGGCUGCUAAACCGCAGAGUUGUGGAUGAUUUCGCAGCUUAUGCAGACUUUUGUUUCAAAACUUUUGGAGACAGAGUCAAGAACUGGAUGACUUUCAAUGAGCCUAGGGUUAUUGCUGCACUUGGCUAUGAUAAUGGCUUCCAUGCUCCUGGGAGAUGCUCAAAUCCUUUUGGGAAUGAUGGGAUGAACUGCACGGCUGGGGAUUCCUCAACUGAGCCUUACAUUGUUGCUCAUAAUCUUAUUCUAUCUCAUGCAUCAGCAGUGAAAAGAUACAGAGAGAAAUAUCAGGCUACCCAGAAGGGAAGAAUUGGAAUUCUUUUAGAUUUUGUGUGGUAUGAGCCUUUUUCUAAUGCUAAGGCUGAUGUUCGAGCAGCUCAGAGGUCAAGAGAUUUUCAUAUUGGGUGGUUUCUGCACCCAAUUGUAUUCGGCACAUACCCAAGAUCAAUGGUGAGGGUUGUGGGUGACAGACUUCCAAAGUUCACGAAUGAAGAAGUUGAGAUGGUGAAGGGGUCUAUAGAUUUUGUUGGGAUCAACCAAUAUACCUCGUAUUAUAUAACAGAUCAACAUAUUAAAAACGGCACUGUCACUGAUUACCAGAUGGAUUGGCAUGCUGGAUUCGAAUAUUCUCGUGAUGGGAAACUUAUUGGACCUCAGGCAAACUCUUACUGGCUUUAUAUGGUUCCAUGGGGAAUGUACAAAGCUGUGACUUACAUCAAGGAGAACUACAGAAAUCCCACCAUGAUUCUCUCUGAAAAUGGGAUGGAUUAUGCUGCCAAUAUUACCCUUCCUGCUGCAUUGCAUGAUACAAAAAGAAUUAGCUACUAUAGGUCAUACUUAAUCAAUCUAAAGAAGGCCAUUGAUGAUGGUGCAAACGUUAUUGGCUACUUUGCUUGGUCGUUGGUUGACAAUUUUGAGUGGCGUUUGGGUUACACCUCGAGGUUUGGCUUGGUCUAUGUCGAUUACCAGACUCUUAAAAGGUACCCCAAGAUGUCGGCUUCAUGGUUCAGGGGCCUCAUCCAACGGAAGUCGCAUUAAGCAACGAGUUUGUUUUUUCAGGGUUUGAUGACAGGAUUAGUAAUGUAGUUCCUUAUUUGAGGGAUUGAGAAACUUGGAUCUGGUUAGAUCAUUAGAGUAGGAAAUUGAACAGCAUCUAGUAGCAUAUGAUUUACUAUUAGGACAGUUUUUUUGCUAGGUCAUGAUUUGCUCUUAUUUGGAUUAUGAGUACAAUUUAUAUGAUUUGCUCUAUUUAGGUUAAGAAUACAGUUUAUUUUUGUUGCCUUGGGUAA